AAAGAAACCGGGGGCAGCGUGACGUCACAUGCUUUAGCAACCGGCGCGCUGCACGGAAGAGCGGCGUGUGUUCACUAUCAUCUGAAAUUACUCUUUGUGAGUCACUAUGGCCUCAGAUGACAUUGCUCAGCUGGCUGAUGCUCUUUCCAAGACCCACGUCGGGGAUGGAGAGUUGAGCUACAAAGGCAUGGGACUAAAGCUGGACAACGCAGAAUCAGUGGAGGAGCUGGUCCGUGAGAUGGAGCAGUACCAAGGUCUGAGAGCGUUUCGCCUGGAGGGGAACACUGUGGGAGUGGAUGCAGCCCGGGCCAUAGCCAAGGCUCUGGAGAGCAAAGGCCUGCUCCAGAGAUGCUAUUGGAGUGACAUGUUCACUGGAAGAUUGCGCUCUGAAAUCCCAACAGCCCUGAGGUGUCUGGGCGGUGCAAUAAUAAGUGCUGGGGCUAGGCUGACUGAGCUGGACCUAAGUGAUAACGCCUUUGGCCCAGAUGGUGUGAAGGGAAUCGAGCAGCUGCUGAAGAGUCCUUCCUGCUACACCUUGAGGGAGCUAAAGCUCAACAACUGUGGGAUGGGGAUCGGAGGAGGAAAGAUCCUUACUGAAGCUCUGAUAGAGUGCCACAGACAGUCAUCAGCGCUCGGAGCUCCGCUCAGACUGAGAGUGUUCAUCGCAGGGAGGAACCGCCUGGAAAAUGAAGGAGCCCGCGCCCUGGCCAAGGCCUUUCAGCUGAUGGGCAGCCUGGAGGAAGUCCACAUGCCCCAGAAUGGUAUCAGCUACACAGGUGUGAUGGCGUUAGCUUCAGCCAUGCGACACAACCCAGAGCUCCGCGUCCUCAACUUGAAUGACAACACCUUCACCAAGAAGGGAACGCUGGCCAUGGCACAGGCUCUGAGGCACUUGAGGAAUGUACAGGUGAUCAACUUUGGCGACUGCCUGGUCCGCUCUGAAGGAGCCAUUGCCCUCGCUGCAGUCCUCAGAGAGGGCCUGCCAAUCCUCAAGGACCUGAAUCUGUCAUUUGGUGAGAUCACUGAGGCAGCUGCACUUGUUGUGGCUCAGGCUGUUGAGGACAAACCUUACAUGGAGAAAGUGGAUCUGAACGGUAACUGUCUGGGAGAGGAGGGCUGUGAGGCUCUGAGAGAAGCUAUGGAGAACAUGGACAAAGGAGACAUGCUGGCAUCACUCAGUGAUGAUGAAGGAGAACCUGAUGAUGAGGAAGAUGACGACGACCAUGAAAACGGUGACGACGAUAGUGACGACUGUAAUGAAGACAACGAGGAGGACGGUGGCAAUGUGAAGGAAAAUGGAAUAACAAGAAAAGAUGACAGUCCUACAAAACCUCAGACCUCAGCAGAGAUUAUGUCUUUCCUCAGCUGCCCCUCUGCAGAGAAGCUUCUUCAGCUGGGAGAGAUGAGGACAAACCUGCAGCAACAGGUGGAUGCAUCUGACCUGCACAAGGCUGCUGAUGUCCUUCUGAAAAUCGCUUCUUUGUACAGCGAGGAGCCAGAGACCAAGGCGGCCGUCCUAGAAACUAUUGACGCUGUGUUGAAGAAGCUCCUCUCUGGCUCCGCCCUCCAGUCAUACUGCUUCCUCUCAACACUGCUGGUCUUGAUGGGACUCCUCAAGGGAGAGGGGAAGAUGAAAAAGGUUCCAUUGGUCCCGGGUCAGCUGUUGUGCUUGGAACACGCUGUCCAGCAGGAAUAUUUCCCCCAGCACUCUGCCUUGCUGCUUCACACCUUCGUGACCAAGAACAGUGAGGCUCUCAAGUCCUGCAGUAGUGCCAGAGAACGGCUGAGCUCUGCCCUGGAGGAGAAGUGCCAUGGUCAGCACUGACCCUCCACUGCCAGUACCAACACUGGAACACAGACACACACUGUACUGGCAUUAAUCUCUUUACCAACAAAAAUACAGGGAAGCUUUACACUUGAACAAGGGACUCAGACAACCACUUAAUGUAUCUCCACUCCUGAUAUGUAUAUUUUUAUGAAGGCAUGACAAAGACUGUCCAGAAUCUUUUAGUUUUUAUUUUUCUACUUAUUCUUGUGACUUAUAUUUUUUAUAGAAAAUAGAGAUAAAAAUAUAGGAAUACAUGAGUUUAACCUUUGAGUUAAUGUGUAAAACAUGAAACUGAUUGUAACGUGGAGUGGAGCUAACAAAAACGGUGUCAGUCUGGCACCUUUUACAACAUAUUGCUUUGCAGUUAGUUACAGUUUCAAACAAUGCAUCCAUGUAAUUUCCAGGUCUUAAAAUGUUGAGAUUGUACAAUAUAUUUUAGCACGGUAUGGCAGAUACUGUCGCAGUGUUCUGAUAAACACACAGCUAAGAUUUGCUGCAUUUUUAGGCCUGUAUCUCACAUACCGGUACUCUGAUAUUUGUUCCAAUAUCAAAACUACAAUCUAAAUAAAUUAGUUCAAAUAAGGA